AAGACGCCAUUUCCGCGGCGAAAGUUAGUCUUCGAAAAAAGUUGGCCGAUCAAAUUCCUGCAACCACACCCGCAACCGCAAUGUCGUCGUCCUUCUUCACCACGCCGGCCUCACAACGGAAACGGAAACGCAGCGAAGCCACCGAUGGCGCCCCCAAACGACGCAACACAGAUGCGCAUGCUCGCCGCAUGCAGCGAGAGGAGUCCAUUAGCGGCAGCGACAUCUCCGAUGGCGACGGCGCACCCACGUUCGACGACGGCAGCGAUAAUGCGGACAGCGGCUCUAGCUCUUCGGAAGACGAAAAUGAGACGGCGGCGGACAAGCGCCUCAGGCUGGCCGAGCGCUAUCUCGACAACAUCCGCAACGAGGUCGAGGAGGACGUGGGCUUCGACGCCGAGCAGAUUGACAAGGACCUGAUCGCCGAGCGCCUCAAAGAAGAUGUUGCGGAGGGCAAGGGCAGGAUAUACCGGUCCAUCGCUGCUGAGCUUGGCUUUGAACAUGCAUCACACGCCACGGCCUACUCGGGGCUGCAAAAAGCCACCACCGGAUGCGCCGUCAAGCUGCCGCAUGCCUGGACCAUCAGCAAGGACCUCGUCGUCGAGAAGUGGGCAAUUGCAGACCCGAAAUCGUAUGCGCCCGACCCAAAUCGAUCGUCCAACCUGACGCCGCGCACCACUCCCAAGAGGCUCUUGUGGCGCAAGGGAAAUAAGAACAAAAAGGGCGACCGCGCUUUUCUGGGUCACACAGGCGAGAUUGUGUCUAUAGCCAUCUCCGACUCGGGAAAGUACCUGGCCACGGGCGAUGUGCACGCGCGUCUGGUCAUCUGGGACGCCGAGACCCUCACGCCUCGUCACCUCUUUAGUCGCCAUCGAGAUGCCGUUCUCUCACUGUCCUUCCGGAGGGGCACCGAGCAGCUCUUCUCCGGCGGCGCAGACCGAGCAGUCAUUGUCUGGAGUGCGCCUGAAUCUGCAUACAUUGAGACACUGGUCGGACACCAAGACGCCGUCAUUGGUGUCGCAGGCGGGUUGGAGACCAACCAAGAGACAUGCGUCAGUGUAGGCGCCCGCGAUCGCACUGCGCGCCUGUGGAGAGUCGUCGAGGAAAACCAGCUCGUCUUCCACGGAGGCGGUACAGCCAGGCAAAAGGGCUUGGACAAGCUGCGCAAAGGCCGAUUUGGCAAGACUGUUGACGGAGACGACAAACAGGAUCAAGACGCCGGUGUCAACCUCGACGACGAUGCGCCCAUCGCAUAUGCCGAAGGUUCCAUCGAUUGCGUCGGCCUUCUCGACGCCGGCUUGUUUGUCACAGCCUCGGACAAUGGAGCCUUGUCGUUGUGGUCUGUCAACCGGAAGAAGCCCCUUUUUACAUAUCCACUCACCCACGGCCGCGAUCCACCGCUUUCGCCCGAGCAAAUGUCAGCCAACGACGACGCCGCAACAUCGAUGAAGCCCGGUCCCCGGCUACCGCGCUACGUGACUGCGCUUGCUACCGUUCCCUUUGCCGACUUGAUCCUCACAGCGAGCUGGGACGGCUGGAUACGUGCCUGGAAGAUCACAGCUGACAAGAAGAGCAUUGAACCCGCGGGCAAGAUAGGACGUGUGCCGAUUGCGGAAGACGAGUCCAUGGUCAAUGGCAGCUCUAGGGACGAUGCUAUUCCCAUACGAGGCAUUGUGAAUGGUCUUGCAGUUCAGGAGAGAGGAGACAGAGGCAAGGAUGGGCUGUGCGUGGUGGCUGCCGUGGGCAAGGAGCCCAGGUUAGCCAGAUGGAUGUCUGCAAAGGCCAAGAACGGCAUUCACGUUUUCGAGGUACCGAGAAGAAGCCUGACAAACGGAGCAACUGACGGCGAGGAGGAGGGUUAGGAAGCAUAGGCGAAAAGUAACUUGCAUUGCGAGGCGUUUGUGGAUGCAUAUUAGAUACCAAUUCUCAUGACGCAUUUAGUGACGACUUAUGGUCGCCUUCUUACACUCGGUGCAGCGAGACUCUGUCUCACAGGUGUCUAGGCCAUGCGUGAUGGGGGUGGUGACGUGCGCACUGUCUGGCAGCGUGUGUAUCUUUUUCAAGCUACAAAGGAAGAUGGGAUAGGUAAAGGUGAGACGUGGUGAAUACGUUUAGGGUGCACCGUGGACAUUAUCUUUUGGACCAAGACCGAAAAGAACAUGCAGGGUGCAAUGUACACCUAACGUGGACAUUGAGCUUGGUAGUGAUAUGAGAAUAGCCCUGAGCUUACUAUCUUGACG